GCGUGCCAAGAGGAGGCAACCCCUCAAAAGAACACAGCCGCUAUUGCAAAUCAUCUUCAGACACUAUUGCAAUUCAGACAACAUCACGAAUAUAGACGGCGACCGAUCGGUGACCAACCGAGACAGACCACGCCGGCGGAUUGGCCACUCCAUAAUGCAGUGUACCUAAUUUUGGUAACGCUUUACCACAGCCGCGUCGUCAACGCCGACGCCGAGGUCAUCUUCUACUACCAGAGUGCCUCUUCUCCCGUACUCCGCCACGCCGCACGUCUUCCCUUCGACUCCGCUUCUCCACCGACGCCACCACUGUCCUUCUCGCUUGCCGUGCCUCAUCACCGCCGCACCGCUUCUCUCCGUUUGGUCAGAUCUCAGAUCCAAAUUUGAGCUAGUACUAACAUUUUUGUGUCGCGUUGGUUUAGUUUUAAUCCGAUCCGAUCCGCACCGCACGGCACGGCGGCGCGGCCAUCUAGCGCCGCCAUGGGCGCCUCCUGCUCCUCCCCCUUCCCCCCUCCUCCUUCACCUGCCGAAUCCAACGCCCCCUCCGCCUCCGCGAUGCACCACCCGCCUCACCCCGCGGCCGGAGGAGGAGGACCCGUCAUGCCGUACGCCGACGCCGACCGCACCCUCCGCGCGCUGGCCGGCGCGGCGGAGGGCUUCGGCCGCCGCGCCAUCGGCGGGCUCCACGGCCCGCUCUACCGCGUCACCUCCCUCGACGACGACGGCCACGGCACCCUCCGCCAGGCGUGCCGCGCCCACGGCCCGCUCUGGAUCGUCUUCGACGUCUCCGGCGACAUCCACCUCCGCACCUACCUCCGCGUCACCUCCCACAAGACCAUCGACGGGCGCGGCCAGCGCGUGCGCCUCCUGGGCAAGGGGCUCCAGCUCAAGGAGUGCCGCCACGUGAUCGUCUGCAACCUCCAGAUCGAGGGCGGGCGCGGCCACGACGUGGACGCCAUCCAGAUCAAGCCCUCCUCCGCCGACAUCUGGAUCGACCGCUGCAGCCUCGCCGACUGCGACGACGGCCUCGUGGACAUCACCCGCGGGAGCACCGACGUCACCGUCUCCCGGUGCCGCUUCUCCCGCCACGACAAGACCAUGCUGGUGGGCGCCGACCCGUCCCACACCGGCGACCGCGGCAUCCGCGUCACCGUCCACCACUGCUUCUUCGACGGCACGCGGCAGCGCCACCCGCGGGUGCGGUUCGGGAGGGCGCACCUGUACAACAACUACACGAGGGGGUGGGGCAUCUACGCGGUGGCCGCCGGGGUGGAGGCGCAGGUGGCGUCGCAGUGCAACGUGUACGAGGCCGGGGCGGAGAGGAAGGCGGUGUUCAGGUACGUGCCGGAGAGGGCGGCGGACCGGGAGGAGGCGGAGGCCGGGUGGGUGAGGUCGGAGGGGGACGCCUUCCUCAACGGGGCGCGGCCGUGCCUGGUGGACGGCGGCGACGCGGCGGUGUUCAGGCCGGAGGAGUACUACGAGAGGUGGACCAUGGAGGCGGCGUCGCCGGCGCUCAAGGAGGUGGUGCAGCUGUGCGCCGGGUGGCAGCCCGUGCCGAGGCCACCGGGCGAGUGAUCCAUCCAUCCAUGUUACUAGUGUAUAUCAAAAAGAAAUAUUCAUGUAUUAUCCAUUUAGUGUGUCAGUACAUCAUUACCAAGUAAUAAUCGUGUAAUAAUCAUGCACGUGUGUAAUCCUCAUAAAAUAAGUUUAAGCAAUGAAUUUAACCCACAAUCACAAGUUCAAUUGUU